AUGAAAGGUCAUUACUAUAAUUUGGUAAAGAGACAGUUGAAAUCUACUGAAGAAAAGAAGGAAGAAGAAAAAAAGAGGAAAGCUGAAGAGAAUUCAGACAGUAAAGAAACAAGUAGCUACAGUGGAUCCAAUGAUGGCACUGCAAGUGGUUCUAAGAAAGUUAUUAAAUUAGAUGAUGAUUAA